GGGGUUGUAAUCUUCGAAUACUUAUCCACCACUUAACAUGAAUUUCUUCCGUCUCAUCGUGUAGCUACUAUUGAACUUUGUGGUACUUUAUCAGUUUACGAGGCGCGAAGGUAUAUGUUAACAGUGAAACACGGUUAAACAGGCCUUCAAUGCUUCGAAGAUUAUUGCCCCAUUUUAGAUCCUUAAAGACGAAUUCUCUUCAAUAUCACAAAUUCUCCACAACCCCUAAGCUUUUAGACUUAAGUGAAUUUUUUGAUGAUAAGAAAAACUGGGGAGAAGCGACUGUAUAUAGUGGAAGACCAUGGCGCAAAGAAGAGCUUCGACUGAAGAGUAAUGUUGAUCUACAUAAACUGUGGUACGUGCUUCUGAAGGAGCGUAACAUGCUGAUGACUAUGGAAGAAGAGCAUUUCCGUUGUUUGGAGCAAAUGCCUAAUCCUGAGCGCUUUGAGAAGGUUGAGGAGAGUAUGGAGAAUCUUUUAAUGGUCGUAGAAGAACGUAACCGUGCAGAAGAUGAAUUAGAAAAAGGUGAAUGGGCUGGUCCGAAGGUCGUGGAAUCAGUAGACCCGUUGGGUCGAGCAGUUCAGACACUGACCAGUGAACAUCUUUCUCCUAAAGUUAUACCAAGUCAUGCACAAUCAGAUGAGUGCAUGUGGAGUGAAAAAACGGUGAACUUGUUGCGGUUGGAGCGCGAGAAACAAAUUAUCAGAAGGCGCGAAGAUCAACGAAGACAGCGUUAUUUCGACAGGCUUAAACACUGGAACAAAAGUGACUAUCUCAACGAAGAUUCGAUUUAAUGCCAAUUGGCAUAAUUUUAUGUUAUCUUAGUGUAUAUAUUGUAAAUAAGUACUUUAAUAUCUACAUGUGUUGGUUUAGCCAACUAUAAGGAAAUAUCCUAUGGCUUAUAACA